UUGUCUGGUCGCGUCGUUCAUCAACUUACAUAACAAAACUCUUCACGUGGAAUCACAGCCUCCGUAGUAUCCCCACUGCCCACUGUAUCACAGCUUGCUUGAACUCUACCACUGCAACGCCGUUACAAGGUAUCAUAAAGCCAAGCCGAAGUCCUACCAUUGGCUAGUGAAGACGUAAGCCGAAUAAUGCAAGACGUAGAUGAUCUACGACUCGAAGUCGAAGAAGAGAUUGCUCUUCAUCGACAAACCGUCGUCCAUGAACUACGUAUCAUAGCCACAAAAUGUCGCUUUCUCAAUAAUCUUCUCCCAGUGGCAAAGCUUCUCCCAGAGAUUCUCGCAGCUAUCUUCAUGUAUUUUGCCUCUGAUCCGUUGUCUUAUGGUUUACCCGGUUCUACGGGACCUUACAGCUGGAUAGCCAUUACUCAUGUGUCUCACCGGUGGCGUGAAGUUGCUUUGGGCACGCCGAAACUAUGGAGCUUUAUUCAUCUAGGUACUCGAGACCGCGUCGAGGAAUUUCUUGCACGCUCCAGUCAAGCAUUGUUGCAUAUCAGACCUUGGGAUGUCAGACGCGCGGAUGACAUCCGGAUAUGGGGUGAAAAUGCUCGUCGAAUACUGCCGUCUGUCAGUGUGGCCUCCUUGAGGUUGGUCCUCGCGCAGUCCUCCCGUAUACAGACGCUCUCCUUAGCCUUAUCCAACAAUGUUAUUGAGCGUGCGUUCUCCGUCUUCAGUUCAAGCGCUGAAGAGUUCUAUGCUCCUGCUCUUGAAACACUCAAGUUCACGAGCACGCACGGCCCAUCCUUCCCAGAUAUUUUGACCAAGGGUAUAUUGCCGAAAUUAACACAUGUCGAGCUCAGAGGAUACAAUAUACCAUGGCAUUCAGCUUUCCUCCGUACCAAUCUACGCAGUCUCAUUAUUCGUCACGAUGUAAUAACAUCCCCGCCCGGCAGCUCGCUUUCUAUAGGGGACCUUCUGGUCGCUCUCUCGCAUAUGCCUGGGCUGCAGUUGCUGGAGGUGGUCAGCGAGUAUUGCAGUAGGCUAUGCGAGACCGGCGGAUCUUACGGAAGUUUGCAAUCUGUGGAUCUUCCAUGUUUACAGACGUUGCAGAUGUGUCUUGAUGCGGCCUCUAUUGACGCUUUUCUGUCCCAUUGCACUUUUCCCUUGUCCACAACGAUAGCCUUCAAGACUGAUGUGAGGCACAAUCAUGGCUGGGAGCCAUUUGCGAUGAUGGAUGGUACUCACAAGGACAAAUUUGAUGCUCUUCGUUCUAUCAUAAGGAAGUCAGUGGAUAUUCCAGGGCAGACCAUACCAUCUACAGGCCUGUCCAUUCACUUCGAUUCGUUGCAGACUGAGCCUGACCCACUCUGGCCUGAGUCGCCUGGUGUUGAACAGAACCGGAUGACUUUGAGAACAUACGCCCUUGAUCCUUCAUCGGGUCAGCAACAAGUCCAUGGAGCCUUGCCUCCUCCACAUUUUAGCAUCCGUUUUUCGUAUCGACAAGGUUGGAAAACUCCUGUGAUUUUGCAGAACCUCCUUUUGGGCCUGCCGCUGUCAAAUGUGGUGGACAUCAACGUAGGAUCUUCACAGGGCUGCAGGAUAUAUCCAAUCGCCCGGGAGAUGGCGUCGUUCAUCGCAGAGCUUGUCGGACGAUGCUCUCCUUCUGGUCUCGAUAUUUUGCGAAUGUCCGGGCCAAGCAUUGACAUUUUGCAUUUCCUAAUGUCGCAACCCACGCACGAUGCGUUAGAUUGGAGGUUGAAGCCAGGCCCAACGCUGGGAAACAGAGGCUUGUUUGGAUGUUUGCGGUCCCUUAUGCUUAGUGACAUGCCAAAAGGGGGCCAAAGUUGGAACGGAUUUGAAGGUAUACACAUUGAGAACCUGUGCGAUUCGAUCCGAACAGUUGCCCAGCGAUACAAGUGGAGUUGCGGUCCAUUCUUUGAACUCAUCUUGCAACGAUGCAUGGAACGCCGAGAGUGCGUGUUGGAGCUCGUCGAUGCAUUUUCCGAGUUGGUCUGCCAGGAGGGCCGCUUCACUCGAAAUCUUCCCCUCAUACAUUAUGACCACGCCAUCCAGUUUCUCCCGUCACCUCCUUUGACCCCAUACCCUGCAACACCUCCACUGCCACCAGACGACUAUGCGGAUAGUGACUUGGAUCGGUGGAAUUUGGUAAAUCCAGAUAUGCCGACCGCAGGAGAUUGGGUAGAUCAUUUACGAUCUGGCCGUGUUGCCUUCGACUUUCGGGGUGAUAGUGGGGUAACAAUUGAGCAAAACGUCUGCUUAACUAUUUCCCCCCUUGAACAAUUCCUCUAAUCGGCGUCUUAGACUGGUGGUAUUUUAUUCCAGUCGGUAAGUAUAUACACAACUGAUGGCUUAAGGUACACUGCAGAAUCAAGUAUGUGUACAGAAUCUCCAUGAACACUUUCGUUUUAUCAUCCUUGUUAGAACUGCUGUUAUCCAUGGUUCACUUGCUUGCCGAUGGUACUAAGCAGCCACAUGCGUACAUGACUUAUCACAGUCGCGUCUGACUGGGACUGAUAUGUAUAUAUCUCUGACUUGUGACCAAGCUCUUUGACCCGUCAUUCAAUCAUGUCAGACAGAUAUGAUGGCAGUUUGUACAGGUGCUAACAGAGUGGUGUGGAAUGACGUUAGCCCUUUAGAAGAAUACCAGUACGCCUUCACUCCCUUGCACAGUCACCUUUCCUUCAUCCAAUGAUUCAAUCACCUCGACUCCACUCGCCGUCCCAUUCUCAUAACUCUGCCCCGCCCAAGUCGCUGUCCUCGAAUCCGUGGAAUCCAAUCCUAACGCAGUCAUCCUUUUCAUUGUUGCGUGCUGAUUUUCCCUAACGUAAGGACUCAAGUCAACCGUAACCGCAAUAGCUUCCUUCUCUUCUUCCGUACUCGUUAUAAUCCGAGUUGCGAGAUUCAGUAAUACUAAUCUCGCAACGUCCGAUGCACGAGUCGCAGGGUCCCAAACGGCGUAGGCAGCGAAUUGAGGAUGAGAGGAGAUUGAGGGAAGAAGUGCGAUAUGGGAUUGGUUGGAUGAACCGAUGGUUUCUGCAAUGAGAAGGUAUGCGACGAAUGAAGGCGAAGCUCGGGCGGACCCGUAUCGGUCUGUUGGGACAGGGUACCAGAGAUCAUACUGUACGUCCAUUGAGAUGAGUGUAUGAUGAGUUCUAGUAAUAUUAUCCACCUACCCAC